UUCAAUAAAUAGUUGUUACCAAGCGGACGCGUCUUGUGCUUUCUCUCCGUUCUAGAAGUUCCUGGAUAGUCAGUGCAUCUUAAAUACUUCAGUGGCGACGAAAUCGAACUGUGAACGCGUGUGAAACUUUUUUUUUAGUGGACGUGAGUGAAUAUCGCAGUUACAAUGUCUAUCGGUAAAAUUGGUGCUUUCGAUGUGCAUAAGGAUAAUUGGGAUUUAUAUGUGGAGCGCUUGGGCCAGUAUUUUGUGGUUAACGACGUUAAACCGGCUGUGCAGGUAGCGACUUUAAUCACCGUUAUGGGUAGUGAGGCGUACGAGCUCAUGGCAAACUUAUGUUCACCGGACAAACCGUCAACAAAAGAAUUUGAUGACCUUGUGGCAGUUAUGAAGAAGCACCUACAGCCGACGCGGAGUACCAUGGCCGAACGAUUUAAAUUUCGUCAGAGGACACAAAGAAGUGACGAAACCAUCGCGGAAUAUACUGCGGAGUUAAAAAAGUUAACAAAAGAUUGUGAUUUUCAAGAAGCCAGUUUAAAAGAGAAUUUACGAGACCAAUUCGUGUGUGGUAUCCGUAAUGAUAGCAUUCGGCAAAAGUUAUUUACGGAAGAUAACCUAACAUUUGAAAGAGCAUUUAAAAUGGCGGUGGCGAUGGAAGCAGCGGAAAGUCAUGCGGCGUUGGUACAGGACCGUUCUACAAUAGAGGAGGGAGUAUCAUCAUCCAUGAUAGCAACGGCAGUGCAUCAGCUGGCCACGGUGAAGCGGGACAAGCGACAGUCGGCGGAGGCGGCUAGCACCGAGCGCUAUGGGCCGCGCGGUCCAAAGGUCACGCAGGGCGACGGGACAAAGGGCGCUAUGGGCGCGGGCAAGCGACGAGUCGUUACGAACAGUGCGGACUGGAAGGGAGGACAAAUUAACCCAGCAAUGUUCGGCGUGCGGAGGGCAGCAUGGACAGAGCUCGUGUAAAUUUAGGGCCUAUGUUUGCAGAGUAUGUAACAAAGAAGGGCAUCUUAAGAAAAUGUGUCCGAAUUUAAGAAAAAACGUCU